AUGGGACAUCUUAAAGAAUCGGUUUCUCCAAAGACACUCCACUGGCUCAGCUAUGUGGCAAGUGUAUUGUGGAUUGUGCUUGGAGUUAUCUUUUUUGGAAUCUUUGCAGCCAUGGAAAGCAACGAGUCAAGAUUUGAUUUUCGCUGUGGUUCAAAUAAAGACAAGGAACUUAUUCGAGGAAAGUGCUACGAACAGUAUGAAAAACAGUACCACAAAAUGCCUGUUUAUUGGUUCGUUAUCAUUAACUUCUUCGUUACUUCAAGUGUUGCAGUAAUUUACUCACAAGUGGUAAAUUCGAGAGUUAAUGAACUUGAAGCCCAUAUAAAGGAUGAAGAACAGCAAGCUGAACGGAGGAUCAGGAACCCAACCCAGAAAAAGCUUUUCACAGCGUACUGUUUUCAGCUUGCCGCCAGAUUUCUUCUUGGGAUUUUUUUCGUCGUUAUACAGGCCAAUUUACUUUAUCCUCAUAACUUUCCCUCGAACUUUCACUGUAAUUUAAAAGACAACUCUACAAACAUCACGACUUCCAAAGUAAAACGGACUCAAACUUCAUACGAAUGUCAUAAUCAGCGAGCUGCUAAGAAAACCUUCGGCUGUCACUUCUUGAUCGGAGUAACUGGGUUUUUUGCGUUACUUGCGUUUGUCGAGGCUACCUUUAUCUUGUUUAAGUUUGUACGAUCAAUAAGAAGAGAAGAAAGGUUCAUGGAGGACCCGCAAUUUUAUAAAUAUUAUCUGAAAUCGAAUUCAAAUGCUUCUCUUUUAGAACCGGAACGACAAAUCUUAUAUCGAACCAUCAACCAUCAACAUCAACAUCAACAUCAACCAGCAACAUCAACUGCCGCAUAUAUUGAACGUAUGAAGACGUAUGUCCAAACAGUCACCGAUCGACCUUUAAGUGAUCUUAAAUCACCUUUCCAUCGUAAUCCUGGUGAAGGCUUCGGAACAGAUAUAACGCUUGAUCAAAUCUACACCAAUUUGAAUAUUCAUGAAGGCAGGGUCGAUUCAGAGCACUUGGCUGGAGACAGAGACACGCUGCUGAAAAAUUAUCCCCGCACAACUGCAAACUUACGACCAAGGCCAGCAGAUAUUUUUGACGCUAAAAAACUGAACAUUCUUCUUGUUGGUCAUCCCGGAACUGGAAAAACUAUGUUCUGUACAAAGAUUCUUCGCGACUGGGCCUCCGAUAAAUUAUUCUUUGAAGGACAAAAGAAACAACUGGAUUUCCAAGUCGCUUUUCUCGUUAAGCUGAGGAUGUUAAACUGCCUAGCUGAUCAAGAACUCAAUCUUCGAGAACUGCUGGAUCAUUCAGAGUAUUCAGCAGCCCUAUCCGAUGAGAAUGAAGUCUGGGACUACAUUCGUCAAAAUCCAAGUAAAGUUCUUGUGAUUUUUGAUGGAUUUGAUGAAUAUUCUGGUAGAACUGAAAUUGAUAACGAUGACAUUUUGUACAGAAACUCGCGGGAAGAAGACAGAAUGCCUCUUCAUUCUCUGCUCAAGAACAUAUUAUCUGGGAAAAUUCUCGCUGGUGCCACAGUGUUAACGACCACAAGACCCAACGCCCUGUCAUGUUUUGGAAGUCUUUGCUUUCACAGAACAGUUGAAAUUUUGGGAUUUACAACUGAUCAAGUGGAAGAGUAUGUGCAAAAGUUCACAAAUGGCGGAGACAAAGCAGAAACCAUGAAGGAACACAUCAGAAGUAACCUUAUCCUCCGAUCUUUCUGUUACAUUCCCGUGAAUUGUUUCAUCAUUUGCUCGUGCUUGCUGAAGUUGCUCGUUGACAACUCUGCUGACCACCUUGGCUGCCUCCCCACAAAGCUAACAGAAAUAUACUCCGUUGCCAUCAAGAUCUUUUACUUUUGUUAUGACGAUGACCGAUUCCGACACUCAAAACACAAAGGUAGAGACUUUUACCUUAAACCAUUUAAGGAAUUGCCUGAAGCUGUGACCAGGGUGUUUAGCAGGUUAGGAGAAAUUGCUUUUAAUGGAAUUCGACGAGGAAGACUUGUUUUUGAAUCACAGGAAGUCAACGACGUAGAGAAGAAUGGCUUGUUCCAGCGUUUACCUGAUACUAGUAGUGGUUUUAAAGAGGGAAAAGAACAAUACUGUUUUCUCCAUCUCACUGUGCAGGAGUUUUUUGCAGCGAAGCAUUUAGUGGACACCAUGAGUCACGAAGAACUGAAGACAUUUGUUUCAGAUCACAUUAAGGAAGGAUCGUGGAAAGUUGUGAUGCAGUUUGUGGCUGGACUGCUGGAACAAGAGAAACGGGCAACUGAUAUUUUCAGCGGCCUUCUUCCCUUAUCAUCUGUUACCAGAGAAGCUACAAGUUAUGAAUUCAGGAGAGAUGAGUUAGAGGCACUACCUGAAACAGUGACCUGUUGGCCAGCUAAGGAAGACAAAAACCUAGUGGUGACUUUAUUCAACUGCAUGUAUGAGAACAAUUCAUCCAGUUUAGAAGUUCAAACGAGACUGGCCCAAAUUGAUUGCAAUGCGCUAGAUUUUAGAAAUGUUAGAUUGUCACCUCUUGAUUGUUUAACAUUAGUGCAUGCACUUCAAUCUAGUGGUGAAAAAAUUGUGUAUUUCAAUUCAGCGUAUAGCAAUAUUGCUGACCUGGGUUGUAUAGAAAUUUCCAAAUUAUUUGGUGGCAAAGAUCACAAUCAGGGCUUUUGUAACCUACAAUUCUUAAACCUCAGUAAUAGCAGAAUUACGGAUAAGGGUGUAGAAUACUUGACUACAGCACUCAUAAACAAUAAUUGCAAACUAAACAACUUAGACCUCGCAAUGAACAAGAUAACUGAUAAAGGGGUAGAACACUUGACUAAAGCACUCAUAAACACUAAUUGCAAACUAAAUAGCUUAGGCCUCGAAGGGAACCAGAUAAGUGAUAAAGGGGCGGAACACUUAGCCACAGCACUCAUAAACACUAAUUGCAAACUAAAUAGCUUAGGCCUCGUAGGGAAUAAGAUAACUGAUAAAGGGGUAGAACACUUGACUAAAGCCCUCAUAAACACUAAUUGCAAACUAAAUAGCUUAGGCCUCGGUAUUUUUGGCCGAAGAACCGAUAAAGGUGUAAAAUACUUGACUACAGCACUGACACAUACCAAUUGCAAACUAAACAGCUUAAGACUCCGUAGUACUCAGGCAACCGAUCAAUUUAUAGAACAUUUGGCUACUGCACUUAUAAACAAUAAUUGCAAACUAAACCUGAGCUUAAUACUCGAUAGUAACCUAGGCUACAUAACUGAUAAAGGUGUAGAACAUUUGACUAAAGUACUUACAAGCAGUCAUUGCAAACUGAAAAGACUAAGGCUCCAUACACGUGCACACCGCGUAUCUGAGAAAAAUAAAAUUCUCAUUAAUGAUAUAGCAAAGGACAAAAAUUGUGAAGUAAGCUUAAUUUGGAAUAGUUCAAAAGACUAUGAUAUUCCAAACGAAGAUUUUCCUUAG